UGAUUUGUCUCUGUUGCUUCUUCAUCAGCAUUUAAAAACUACUAUAUAAUUUCACAAUUGACUAUAUAUUAACAUUUAUUAUCUGCAUGGCUGUCAGGUUUCAUAUUUUCACAAGAUGACGGUUGUCUUAAAUCUUUAAACAAUCUUCGCACGCGGGCUGACUUUGGGUUGAUUGAUCUUCAGUACCACGUGCGUUUCUUCUCGAGACGCCGCAGCGGCGCAGCUCCCAGUUUCACCUCUUCUGUUUAAACUUUAAUAACGUCCAGGCAAAAUGGGGAAACUGAAUUUUUAUGUUCUUUGGUCCCUGCGUGAUGCUCCUCGACAGUUUAGUAGCAAAUCUAACAGAAGUCGCUUCCAAGUCCACAUCCCGUUGCCUCUCCCCAAACAGCUGGUCAUCUUCGGGUUUGGAGACUGGUCGUGCAAAGACACAACAUUGUCUGCAGAGGUGGUUGUCAGUGAGGACGUCCAGCCACAGAACAUAGGGACUCUGUCCCCACAGAUAAAGUGUUUGACGUGGGAAGGUGACUGGAGCGAUGACAUCAUCACAGUGGCUGAAGAGAGAGGCAGGAAAGGAGUGUAUGGGAAGAUUGUGCUGAAGGCCUGUGGAGAGGAUAACAUCAGUGUCAGCAGCACCCCUUUGGCCCGGAAACGCUUGAUCUCAGAACAAUGCAGUGUGGCUGAUCUCUCCAGCUCAAUACAAGAAACUCUUGAAACUGAAACGAUGAUCUCAGAGUCCUCACACAUGAGCCACAGUGUUUGCUAUUCUAAGUUCCCAGUGAUUAAAGUUGAGACCAGCGACUUUCCUUGCCCUGCAGCUCGGCCUUUGGAUAAGACACCCAGGCGUACUGUCGUUAAUCGGCGAGCCCGCCCGACGUGGAGCUCAGAUGGAACAGACAGUCUCGCAGAGGACACGGACAAAACUUUCACUUCCAAGAGGAGGAAACUGUGCAGCGUUAGCAUCCGGGAGAAAAUAACUGAGCAGAUUAGAAACGAAAGCAGGGAAGUUUCAGCAUGUCCAUCAAAGCGCUGGAGCCACGCUAUGUGUCUGAGUGACCCAGAUACGGCUGUCCUCAUCGGAGGGGAAACUUCGAAUCAGAACUACUGUGAGGACUCGCUGUGGAAGCUUGAGUUGGACAGUGACUUCUGGUUCCCAAUGAACUCUUCUGCUUCUGGACCCGUGCCUCCAUGUGCCCGAGGACACACAGCGACCUUUGACCCAGACUCUAAGGCAGUCUUUGUGUACGGUGGCCUGAGGGAGAGUCAGCGCUACAGCGAGCUGUACAUCCUUAAUACUCUGACCUGGAAGUGGAGGCUUGUCACUGUAGGUUUGUUCGAGAAUCACCGCUCCUGGACGAAGCCCAUUCAGGCAAAGGGGAAAGUGCCAGCUUUAUCAUACCAUUCAGCAGUUUUCUACCAGAAAGAACUUUUUGUCUUCGGAGGAGUUCAGCCAAGCAACGGACUGGGAGAUAAAUGCAGCAAGGCUCUUUACAUCUUCAGCCCAGAAUAUGAGCUCUGGUACCAGCCCAUUGUGGAGGGAGACAAGCCUCUGCCUCGCUUUGGGCACUCAGCUACGCUUCUUGGACAGAAACUGGUCAUUUUUGGAGGACAAAUGACUGCUGCCUACUUAAAUGAUCUUCAUGUUUUAGAUCUGGUCUGCUCUGAUGUUUGUGUUUUCUCUCUGAGUGAAGGACUGAUGGAGUACACAGCUGUGAAAAGUGCGAACAUGCCACCGUUGCCUCGAGGGUUUCAUGCAGCAGCUCCAGUGUUGGAUAACAGGAUUUUGAUCAGUGGGGGCUGCAGUGCAAUUGGAGCUCUGCAGGAUGUGCAUGUCUUCAACACUGACACCAGCAUGUGGAGUUCAGUGGCAUGUCCCCUGCUUUGCUCUAAACCCCGUGCAGGACACAGCAUGAUAAAUUUACAAACUGAGCAAGGUGAAAACGGAAAUAUCAAGUGCACAGUGCUGGUCUUUGGUGGGUCUGACUGCUCUGGUUCCUUCUACAACGACACACAAAAGUUUCGCCUUGAAAUCACUGGUGACAAAUGAUUAUAUCCAUGCAGUCG